AGUAAUGUCAAAGUUCUGAAAAUAAGUAAAUUAAUAAGUUAUUUAAUGUUACGUCUGAAUCAGUUUGUUAUAAAAUAAUUUUAUCUAAUACUCGUUAUGCACUGGCAACAUAGCAUUCAAAUUAUAUUUUCGUGUGCUUAUUUCAUCUAUAACCUAAGUCAAAACAGGACUGUGACAGCUGAGAUCGAAAACCUCGGCCAAUAUGAUGUUACCUUAAGUGGCAAUAGUAAUAUUGAUGGCUAUCCUAAUACCUUUUACAACAGAACUUAUACACUUGGUGAAGAAGAAAUAGUAUUUAGAGUCGUAAAUGGAAAGCCAGCCAAACUAGGAGAGGUUCCCUAUCAGGUUAGUGUGAUGCUUGCAACGCCCUGCAGACCAAAGUGCUACUACACCUCUAUUUGCGGUGGAUCUAUUAUAAGUCCAACGAAGGUAUUAAGUGCCGCACAUUGCUUUGUUGCGUCAAAAUUCAGUACCUGCUUUUACAAAGGAAGAAUGGUUCGAGGUGAAUACAAAAACAAGUAUAUUAUGGCCGGACAUUUGUAUACUACCGAACAAUAUAGUUAUAACGACACACUUGGAUACGGACAAUGGAGAAGAGUAAUUAAAGGGAGAUACUCGCGAUCUUACACGCCAAGAUUCGUAUUUGAACACGAUAUUGCUGUGUUAGUAAGUUGAACCACAAAAUAGGCUAGUUUCCAACUAGUCAAAUCAGUCACUUUUUA